AUGUCCCUCCAAGAGGCUUCCGAGGCUCGAAAGGCGCGUCUCAUAGCGUUGCGCAAAAGAAAGGCAGGAGAACUAGUAGAUGAGAAUGGAGCUGUUGAGCCCCUCAUAAAGAACCGGAAUUUUGACCCCGAGUCACGGGCAUUAAAGAAGCAUACCCGAGAAGACAUUAUCAUGGAAGACACUGUCGAACACCAAGUUAAAGGUCUUGCAGAACAGAUUAUUGCUGAUGAUGAGAAACGAAGAGCUCAGGAACUCGAUGUGUUCAAUAUCGCUCCAAAACGACCGAACUGGGAUCUGAAGCGUGAGACAGAGAAAAAGCUGGCGAAGCUGGAAAGACGAACACAAGAAGCAAUACACACCCUUAUUCAAACAGGACAGCGGCUAGCUGCUCAAAAGGGUGACUCUGAUGACUUGGUUGGAGCCAUGAAAGCUCAAGAAAGACAGAAUGCCUCAGAAUCUCUAUCAGAUGACGAGGACGACUAG